UUGCCUAGCGCAACAUCUCCAUCAAUUCCUAUGACGCUGUAGUUCAUACUUAUGUACAGUCAGAAAAGGUACUGUAUGAAGAUGUUCACACUGCUUCUUGUCAGCGCUGGACUCAUCGCACUUUAUGUACUUCGUAAUUGGUAUCUCAAACGACCAAGAUGCAAAAGCAAUGCCAAGUUGCAUGGGAAAACUGUAAUCGUCACUGGAUCUAACACAGGCAUUGGGAAAACAACAGCAAUAGAUCUGUCCAGAAGAGGUGCGAGGGUUAUAAUGGCCUGCCGAGAUAAGCAGAGGGCAGAAGCUGCCAUCAGUGACAUCAAGAAGGAGACUGGGAACAAUGAGGUUGUGUUCAUGGAGCUGGACCUUGGAAGCCUACAGUCUGUGCGAUCUUUUGCUGAGACCUUCCUGAAGUCUGAAUUUAGACUCUAUAUUCUUGUCAACAACGCUGGGCUUAUGGAAGGUUGCAAGACAAAGAAUGGUGUGGGAAUGAUCUUUGGCGUUAAUCACCUCGGCCACUUCCUGUUAACUGUGCUGCUGCUGGACCGUCUGAAGGAAUGCGGUCCGAGUCGAGUGGUGACUGUCGCCUCCAAAGCUCAUGAGUAUGGCAAAAUGUAUUUUAACUGCCUGAGUACCCACAAAGACCUGGCUGUUGGAGAAUCUGACUGGGCUUUGUGUAAGAAGUAUAGUCAUGGCAAGCUGUGUAAUAUGCUCAUCACACACGAGCUUGCCAAAAGACUGGAGGGAACAAAUGUCACCUGCUACAGCUUGUGUCCAGGAGCAGUCAAGACUGAAAUAGGCCGGUAUUCAAGCUCCUUGUGGUGUAUGAUGUCGGCACCUAUCCUUUCGCUCUUCUAUAUGGACGCAGAAUCUCGGGCCCAGACUACACUCUACUGUGCCCUCCAGGAGGGUAUAGAGCCUCUGAGUGGAUGCUACUUCUCCUGCUGUGCAGUACAGAAGGUGAAUGCCGACGCCAAAGAUGACGCUGUGGCCAGAAAAUUGUGGGAAGUCAGUGCGAUACUUUGUGGCAUGUCUUAAUGCAAACAGAGACCCUGUUUUUCACUGUAUUUAUCAGGGCCAAAACCCUGGUGGGACAAUCCUGAAAAUAUGUUGCUUUUCCUGAUCAUUCUUAACAGAGAUGUAUUCAAGUCCAAUUGAAUGCUGGAAAUCUGUUCCAUUCCGUUACUCUUAAGUGUGACAGUGGGUGAAAAGUCAAAGUUAUACUGAAAAGAUUAAAUUGAUUGAUUGAAUAUUGAAUAAUAAAAAAAGCUAGGCAUAUCCUCUCCCCUUGUGUCAAGACUGCUACUUAACUAUUCCAGAAAAACCCUAGGCCUAGGUGCUAUGUCUCUGGGGAAGUGUCUCUCUCCCACCACAUCAUUUUUUGCUAAUGCAUGUAGACUCCAGACUGAGGAGAAAUAAGGAGAAAUCCACACAAUGCGUCUCUAACCACCUCCUGGUUAAGAAUGGCUACAUUGACACAGGGAGCCCAAUUAUUAUUUUUUUCUGACUAAUUUGCCUUUUGAUCAAUCACAUCAGAUCUGAAAGGAUCUGAUGCGAAAAUAUCUGAUGUGAUUGGUCAAAAGACUAAUUUUAGUGGUGGAAAAAGUACUCAACUGUCAUACUUGAGUAAAACUAAAGAUUCCUUUAUAAAAAAUGACUCAAGUGAAAGUCAACCAGUAAAAUACUACUUUAGUAAAAGUCUUUGUAUUUGGUUUUUAAGUAUACUUAAGUAUCAAGAGUAAAAGUAUAAAUAAUAACUAUAAAAAUCCUAAAUUUUUCAUUUACGGAUAGCCAGAGGCACACUCCAACACUCAAGACAUAAUUUACAAACGAAGCAGAUGCUUUGUGAGUCUGCCAGAUCAGAGGGUGUAGAGAUGA